GUCCAUUUGGGUGGCUGUAAUCUACUUUAUACACAGUGUUUGCUUCAGUUUUCAUUUUAAUCUCUCUCUAACUUCUCAUUAGUGGCAUUAAGCAGAGUUUUUCAUUGGAUAAAUGGAGUGGGAAGAAAUGUUUCAUGUUAGCUGCAAGAUCCCUCACAAUUGUUUAUGGUGAUACACCUAUGUAUUGGAGAUGGAUUUCUCUACCCGAGUCCAGAUUCGCUGGGGUGGCAGAGCUUGUCGAUGUGUGUUGGCUUGAAAUUCGUGGGAGGAUAAGUAUUCAGAUGAUAUCGCCUGACACAAACUAUGCAGCUUACCUCGUGUUCAAGUGGACGAAAAGAGUAUAUGGAUUUGAAUCCCAACCAGUAGAGGGUUGGGUAGGACUUCGAGGGAGUGAAGAGGAACUAAGGAGUUUUUAUCUGGAUCCUAAUGGAGGGCAGGCCCGCAGGGGCGUCGAACUCAUACUGUACCAAAUUUAAAGCACUGAUAAGGGGUUUAAAAAAAAAAAAAUUAAAAGCACUGAUUUCCGUGUUUAGGAGUACUUUGGGGGGAUUUAUAAAUAAAAAAAGUUAGUCAAAUUUG